AUGUGCAACUCCUGUUGUGGCUCCGUCUGCUCUGAGCAGGGCUGUGGCCAGGAGGCCUGCUGCCAGCCCAGCUGCAUGCAGACCACCUGCUGCAGGACCACCUGCUGCCGCCCCAGCUGCUGCGUAUCCAGCUGCUGCCGCCCCAGCUGCUGCAGGCCCCAGUGCUGCAUCUCCAGCUGCUGCAGGCCCCAGUGCUGCAUCUCCAGCUGCUGCAGACCCCACUGCUGCAGGCCCAGUUGCUGCAUUUCUAGCUGCUGCAGGCCCACCCGCUGCCGCCCCAGCUGUUGCAUCUCCAGCUGCUGCAGGCCCCAGAGCUGCCAGUCUGUGUGCUGCCAGCCCACCUGCUGCCGACCCUCCUGCUGCGUCUCCAGCUGCUGCCGCCCCACCUGCUGUGGUGGAUCCAGCUGCUGCAGGCCUUCCUGUUGCCGACCCACCUGCUGCCGCCCCACUUGCUGUGUGUCCAGCUGCUGCAGGCCCCAGUGCUGCAUCUCCAGCUGUUGCCAGCCCUGCUGUGGUGGUUCCAGCUGCUGCCGCCCCACUUGCUGUGUGUCCAGCUGCUGCAGGCCCCAGUGCUGCAUCUCCAGCUGCUGCCGCCCAACAUGCUCUAGUGGUUCCUGCUGCUGA